AUGGACACAGUUGUCCUUCUCGACGAGGAGGAGACCGUGCCGUGGGUACCGCCCCACCGAGAAACACCACCGCCCUCAUACGAGGAGCUUUUCGGGCCGGGCCCGUACCCGGAGCCCGACCCUCCAGCAUCAGCCGGGGUCAGCACCGCUGCCACCAUGGCGGUGCGGGCCACCGGCGCCGCUGCCACGGGCACACCCAGGCCCGCACCCAGUGCCACCGACGCCAAGGAGCAGGCCACGCCCACGCUCACCGCCGCCGACGACACCGCCGACGCGGCAACCGUCCGGGCAGGAGCCAGCACCCCCACGGGGGAUGACUUGCUCGCGCUCCUGCUGGGGAAGCUGGCCGCGUCCCCCGACGGACCCACCACGUCCGCCGCAUCCCAGCAGCGGGAGGCAGUCCGGGCCGCGGUCCGAACAAUAAUGGCCACGAUCCCCACGGCGGAAGCCACUGCUCAACCCGACGCAGCCGCUGGAUCGACCGCCGGCAUCCCACCGGCCGCCACUGCUCCACCCGACGCAGCCGCCGGAUCGGCCGCCGGCAUCCCACCGGCCGCCACUGCUCAAUCCGACGCAGCCGCCGGAUCGGCCGCCGGCAUCCCGCCGGCCGCCACUGUUCAACCCGACGCAGCCGCCGGAUCGGCCGCCGGCAUCCCGCCGGCCGCCAUGGCUCAACUAGACGCCGCCACCCAAGCGGCCGCCCAACCGGACGCCGCCGCCACGGCGCGCGCCCCGACGCCGCCUGACGGCACCGCGGCCACUGCAGCCGUAGCUGCCGUCCUGCCGUCCAGGCCCGUGCGGCGGGUGAGGCCUAUGCCGGCCACCGACCAGCAGCGCUGGCGUGGCCGCCAGCCUUUGGCCAACCCCGAAGGCGAACCAGUCGGCCGCCCAGGCAUCCUCCGCCGACCGGCCCCAUGGCCCAUGGAGGAGGCCAGUACUGACGAGGAAUUAGGAGGAGGACGCCGACUCGGAGGAGGAGCUUCCCCCGGUGGAUCCCCCUGCCUCCAAACGCCCAGGUCCGCGCCCUCGACGGAUGGGUUACCGAAGACGGGUGGGUACCCAUCGCCCUCCUGCGUAGUAUAG